CCACCACAAGCCACCAGGAAGCUCUCGUCCCGCUGCGAGCACUGCGCAGCAUGCCCGAGCAGCCGCGCCGCCAAUUCGACUGAACAUUGGACGCGCGAGCAUCCGCCCUGCCACCGCCAGCGACCAUGGCCGACCCCGAGCCCCAGCCAGCGCCCACAGCCGCCGCGGACGGGACAGCGACCGCGACAGCGACACGGGAGACGCCGCACGAGACGCCGACCGACGGGCGCGAGAGCAGCGAAGCAGACACGGGGACAGACACAGAGGCAGAGGAGGAGCCAGAGGUCGAGCCCGCAGCACAGCCAGACACAGCAACGGAGCCACCGGCGCAGUCGCAGGCAGCACCACAGUCGCAGUCACCACCACCACCACCGCCGGCGCACCCGUGGAAAGACGCAGACGAAUACAGCCCCCCGCCGACCGAGCCCCCCGCAGCCAACCCCUCCCACACAGAGCCGCCCACAGACUCCCCCGACACCCCCGACACCCCCGACGCGCGCCCCCGUCCGGCCCUCGCCCUCGCGCCCGACCCGCCCGCAGACGCGCGCUCGCCCGCCCUCCCCGACCCGCCGCUCACCCCCGCGCUCUUCGACCACCGCACCCACCAGGCCGACGCCCGCCCGCGCACCGACUCGCAGUCGACCGCCGCCACCGCCGCCACCUCCACGCGCCCCUCGACCCGCAGCUCGCUCGUCUUCGUCGGCACCGCCCUCGACACCAUCGCCGCCUCCAAGGACGCCCGCAAGAACAAGAAGCUCGGCGACGCCACCAAUGCCGCCCUGGCCGCCAUCAAGCGCGAGGGCGACCCCGCCCGCAUCAGCCCGGAGCUGCUGUUCGAGCCGCUGCAGCUGGCCGCCGAGGUGCCCAACGUGCCCGUGUCCAUCACCGCCCUGGACUGCAUCGGCAAGCUGAUCAGCUACUCGUACUUCUCCGUGCCCGCCGACCCCCAGCCCGAGAGCACCGACGCCCCGCUGAUCGAGCGCGCCAUCGACACCAUCUGCGACUGCUUCCAGGGCGAGGCCACCCACCCCGACGUCCAGCUGCAGAUUGUCAAGUCGCUGCUGGCCGCUAUCCUGAACGACAAGAUCGUCGUGCACGGCGCCGGCCUGCUCAAGGCCGUGCGCCUGACCUACAACAUCUUCCUGCUGUCCAAGUCGAGUCCCAACCAGCAGGUCGCCCAGGGCGCCCUGACCCAGAUGGUCGGCACCGUCUUCGAGCGCGUCAAGGCCCGACUUGCAGUCAAGGAGACACGCGUGGGCCUGGAGCGCGUCGAGCUGAACGAGAAGAGCGAGUCCGACGAGAGCCUGGCGCAGGAAGAGGCACAGUCGCCCGACGCCAACGGCGCUGACACCCCCGUCGACGGCGAGCCCGGUCCGGACGGCGAACACGAGCCCAGCGACAAGGCCGUGGACAUGCACACUGGGCCGAAGAUCACUCUGCAGAGCUUCGAGAACAACAUGAGCUUCAACGACGACCGCAUACACGACAACGCCCCGACCCUGGUCACCCGCAUCAAGGGCAAGCCCAGCUCGCGGCACGUCUCGGGCACAGACGCCACACCACAAGCCGGCUCCGACGAGGAGGAAGAGGACGAGAUCUUCGUCAAGGACGCCUACCUCGUUUUCCGCGCCAUGUGCCGUCUGAGCACCAAGGGUCUGUCAGUCGACCACGCUCUGGACGUGCGCUCGCAGGGCAUGCGCUCGAAGCUCCUUUCGCUGCACAUGGUCCACACCAUCCUCCACAACAACAUCGCCGUCUUCGUCUCGCCCUACGCCACAAUCCGCAGUGGCAGCGGCGACGAGCCCACAACCUUUGUGCAGGCCAUCAAGCAGUACCUCUGUCUCAGUUUGAGUCGGAACGGCGCCAGCUCCGUCAAGCCAGUAUUCGAGGUUGCUGCCGAUAUUUUCUGGCAAAUGCUCAAGUACCUGCGCGUCAUGCUCAAGAAGGAGGUCGAGGUCUUCCUGAAGGAGAUCUAUCUCGCCACCCUCGACAAGCGCGCCGCCCCGGCGUUCCAGAAGCAGUACGUCUUGUCGAUAUUCGCCCGCCUGGCCGCCGACCCGCGCGCCCUGGUCGAGGUCUACCUGAACUACGACUGCGACCGCACUGCCCUCGACAACAUGUACCAACGUGUGGUUGAGCACCUGUCGAAAAUCUCUGGCAACCCCGUCACCAUCACACCCAUGCAACAGCAGGCAUACCAAGACUACCGAGAGAAGCAGGCGAAACAAAUGGAUUGGCAGGCCCGAGGGACUAUGCCGCCCUCGCUCACCACCGUGUCGAUAACUGCUGCCAACGACGCAGAUGGCUCGUAUCCACAAGACUACGCGAUGAAGCAGGAGUCUCUCGAAGCGCUUGUAGAGAUCCUGCGGUCGCUUGUCGACUGGGCCCAGCAGUCCCUCCCCGAAACCGCAAAACCGCAGCCCCAGGAUUCCAGACUCUCUCUAGAGGACAUGAGGGCGUCGAUAGACACACGCACCCUCACCGACUCGCCUGCUGUGGGCGGCGAUUCAGGCACAGUAACCCCGCUGGCAGAGGACGACUACAACUCGUUUGAGAAAGCAAAGCAACGGAAAACUGCAAUGACAAAUGCAGUGCGGCAGUUCAACUACAAGCCCAAGAAGGGCCUGAAGGUGCUGAUCAAGGACGGCUUCAUCCCGUCAGAUUCGCCCGACGACGUUGCCCGUUUCUUCCUCGACAACGAUCGGAUAGACAAGGGUGCGCUGGGUGAGUUUCUCGGUGAAGCCGACGCCGACAACAUCGCCAUCAUGCACGCCUUUGUCGAUUUGAUGGAGUUCUCAAAAACUCGCUUCGUCGACGCAUUGCGGCGCUUCUUGCAGAGCUUCCGUCUGCCUGGCGAGGCGCAGAAGAUCGAUCGUUUUAUGCUGAAGUUCGCCGAGCGAUACAUGACUGGCAACCCGAAUGCGUUCGCCAACGCCGACACCGCGUAUGUGCUUUCGUACUCGGUCAUCAUGUUGAACGUCGACCAGCACAGCAAGAAGAUGAAGGGCCCGCGCAUGACGCCGGAAGACUUCAUCAAGAACAACCGCGGCAUCAACGACAACGCAGAUCUGCCAGAAGACUAUCUUCGUGGCAUCUACGAGGAGAUCGCGCAGAAUGAGAUCGUCCUAAACACCGAACAGGAAGCUGCGGCUGAUAAGGGUUUGGUCACCCAGCAGCCCGCGGGAGGCCUUGGUCUUGCAAGCAUCGGCCAGGCGCUGACGGGCGGCGCUCGCGACCUGCAGAGAGAAGCCAUAGCACAGGCGUCCGAGGCAAUGGCAAACAAGACCGAGCAGCUGUACAAGCAGCUCCUUCGAGCGCAGCGCAGGACCGCAACCUCAAUGCCCGUAUCGAAGUACAUCCCGGCUGUCUCGUCGAAGCACGUCGGCCCCAUGUUUGAGGUGACCUGGAUGCCAUUCUUGAUGGCGCUCUCUGGUCAGGCGCAGGAUCACAACAUCGAGAUUGUGCGGCUGUGUAUUGAGGGCAUCAAGCUGGCGAUCCGGAUCUCGUGUCUGUUCGAUCUCGAGGACGCCCGCCAGGCCUUUGUUGCCUUCCUGGCGCGCUUCACAAACCUCUACAACCUGAGCGAGAUGAAGGCGAAGAACAUGGAGGCGCUGAAGACGCUGAUCGAGGUUGCGCACACAGAGGGCAACCUACUCAGGGAGUCCUGGCGCGAAAUCCUCACAUGUGUCUCGCAGCUGGAUCGCUUCCAGCUCAUCUCGGCUGGCAUCGACGAGCGCGCGGUGCCCGAUGUGCUGAAGUCGAAUACUGGGUCACAAACAAAGAAGAACCUCAACGUCCCGAAUAACCGCCGGCGACAGUCACACGCUAACAGCGUGCACUUUUCAGCAGAUGUAGCAGAGGAGAGUCGCUCUACAGACAUUGUCCGCGGCGUCGAUCGCAUCUUCACCAACAGUGCCAACUUGUCCGGUGAGGCGAUUGUCGACUUCGUCAAGGCCCUCGUCCAGGUCAGCUGGCAGGAGAUCCAGUCGUCCGGCCAGAGCGAGUCGCCACGCACGUACAGUCUGCAGAAACUGGUUGAGAUCAGCGGAUACAACAUGACCCGUGUCCGUUUCGAGUGGACCAGCAUCUGGCAGGUACUGGGCGCACACUUCAACGAAGUCGGAUGUCACACCAACACAAACGUUGUAUACUUCGCCCUCAACUCGCUGCGACAGCUGUCGAUGAAGUUCAUGGAGAUUGAGGAGCUUCCUGGAUUCAAGUUCCAGAAAGACUUCCUCAAGCCCUUCGAGCACAUCAUCAACAACGCUAGCGUCGUGUCGGUCAAGGAUAUGGUUCUGCGCUGUCUCAUUCAGAUGAUCCAAGCACGCGGCGAGAACAUCAGGUCUGGCUGGAAGACCAUGUUUGGGGUCUUCACUGUGGCCGCCAGGGAGCCUUAUGAGGGCAUCGUCAACCUUGCAUUUGAGAACGUCACCCAAGUGUACAACACACGCUUCGGUGUCGUCAUCUCGCAGGGCGCGUUCGCUGACCUGAUCGUCUGUCUGACCGAGUUCUCGAAGAACUACAAGUUCCAGAAGAAGUCGCUGCAGGCUAUCGAGCUGCUGAAGUCGUCGGUGCCGAAGAUGCUGCGGACGCCCGAGUGCUCGCUGUCGGCUCGUGCCGGCUACCUCAAGGACUCCGAAAAGGGCUCCUCCAUCCCCAAGCAGCCCACCCGCCAGACGCAGGAGGAGCAGUUCUGGUUCCCCGUGCUGUUCGCCUUCCACGACGUCCUCAUGACUGGCGAGGAUCUGGAAGUGCGCUCGAGAGCGCUGAGCUACCUGUUCGACACGCUCAUCAGCUACGGCAGCAACUUCCCGCAAGACUUCUGGGACAUGCUCUGGCGUCAGCUGCUGUACCCCAUCUUCAUGGUGUUGAAGUCGAAAUCGGAAAUGACCAAGGUCCUCAACCACGAAGAGCUGUCUGUGUGGCUGUCGACGACGAUGAUCCAGGCGCUGCGCAACAUGAUCAAGCUCUUCACACACUUCUUCGACUCGCUCGAGUACAUGCUCGACCGCUUCCUCGACCUCCUCGCGCUCUGCAUCUGCCAGGAGAACGACACCCUAGCCCGCAUCGGCAGCAAUUGCCUGCAGCAGCUGAUCCUCCAGAACGUGCAGAAGUUCAGGCCAGAGCACUGGAGCCAGAUCGUCAAGGCGUUCGUCGACCUCUUCCACCGCACCGAAGCCACCGCGCUCUUCUCCGCGGCGACAUCCGGCUCCACACCCACUCCCCUCAACGGCACGCGAAGCCUCGAGCCCACCGGCGACGGCCCCACCCGCCAAACCACCGAGCUCGAAGACUACCGCCCGGACGACCCCAUGCAAGCGCCGCCCGUCGUCGUCACCGCCGCGCGCCGCCGCUUCUUCAAUCAAAUCAUCACAAAAUGCGUGCUGCAGCUCCUGAUGAUCGAAACCGUGCAGGAGCUCUUCGGCAACGAGCUCGUGUACUCGCACAUCCCCUCGCUGGAGCUGCUGCGCCUCAUGGCCGUGCUCAAGAAAUCCUACCACUUCGCCAAGCGCUUCAACGCGGACCGCGACCUGCGCUCGCGCCUGUUCCGCGAGGGCUUCAUGAAACAGCCCCCGAACCUGCUCAAGCAGGAAUCCGGCUCGGCCUCGGUCUACGUCGCGAUCCUGCUGCGCAUGUACCACGACACCUCGACCGAGCGCGCGGCCUCUCGCGCGCAGACCGAAAACGCCCUCAUCCCCCUCUGCGAAGACAUCCUGUCCUCGUACAUCGAGCUCGACGACGAGACCCAGCAGCGCAACAUCGUCACCUGGCGGCCCGUCGUCGUCACCGUGCUCGAUGGCUAUGCGGCGUUCCCCGAGGCUGACUUCGAGCGCCUCGCGCCCGUGUUCGCGCCGCUGGUGGUCGGGCUGCUGGGCACCGAGGUCGCCGGCGAGGUCCAGCGCGCGCUGCAGGCGCUGGUGAUGCGCACGUUUGAGCGCGCGUUGGGGAUUGCGCCGGUGUGCGGCUUGUGCGACGGCAAUUGUGCGAGUGUCAAAUCGGCAAAUACGCUUCUAGGCCCGCAAUCGUGGUCGCAAGCGCGGUUGUUUGCCACCCCCCAACUAUCGUGCUGGUAA